GUAUUUCAAAGGUGGCAGACAAUGGGAACGGCAUGGUUUGGAGAGGUUGCCCUUGUUCCCCAUUACUGAUAGUUUGUUUACUUCCUGUGUCUAACAAAUGGCAGGUUACCACUAAUGUGUAUUAGUCAAGUUUAUAGAUAAAAUAGGUUGAAAUAAAACUAGUUUUUGGCUCGACAAAUACUUUUUUUUGUCAACACAAACAUAGACUCUUAUCCAAUGAUGAAAAAAAUGAUUUCUUGUUACCUGACCGGUUUUAAUUCUGGGAAGCCGUUUAACAAGGAGAACUGAAUGCAUCAUGUUACCACACAGCUGCGUGAGCUGGAAAAGGGGGCAGAACUUCCAACAGCGGUGCAUUUCUCACAUGCCACACUUACUGCCGUCCUCGUACAGUUGUGGAUGUUUUUGGUGAACAGGGGACUAGACGUUGGUCGUUUAGACAUGCACGGUGGCGGCUAAUCUGUUUUUUCCAGAGGAAGGAAAAGUUUACAACUGAAGUCUGAUAAAAGGGAGUGUAAGUUCUAAAGCAAAAUGUUCACAACCUACAUAAAGAGUCUGAAUGAUAUGGUAUUUACCACGUCUGAGAACCCAGAGGAGCAGCAGAGUCCUGGGGUCUUGGGCCGGAUCGGGAGCUGGUUCUCUCCAUGGAGGGGAAGGAGUCCCAAGAGUCCCACUGAAAAUUCAUCCCAAACUCGCGAUCAGACACUCAAGUCAGAGGAAGACAAAAGUGAGGAACCUGCCAGGGCCGAGGAAACUAAACACCGGAGUGGGGAGAAGGAACGAACCUCCAAUCCCAAUCCACUGGGUCCCUCAAGAGACAUUUUCCGCUUUGAAGAAGUGGACGCCACACAGUCUGCCCACAGAGAACGCUCUGUUGCGAGCAGCAGUGAGGCUGCAGGAGGAGGGCCAAGAGAGGAGGAGUUUUUAGGCAGCAAAAAGAAGACACUAAGGCAGGCGAGGGAGGGCAGCCAUGCUACUCUGGCGGGCGGGAAUUAUGACAGGGUUGCCAGUCAUCUGACGGAUCUCUCUGUUGCCUCUUCCUCCACUGAGCAGGGUGUGGUAUGGAACUCUGACCAGGUCCGCACCCAGCCUUCAGCCCAGAAAGACCCACAGGUCCAGGCAGGACGGAGGCUUCAUGUGUACGUGGAGGAAACCAGCGUGACUCACUGCGGCCAAGACACCUUAACAGGACAGGAAGUGAUCCUCACCAAAAUCGAGAAGAAGAUACCCGUCUUCUCAAAGCCUAAAUCACCAAAGUCGCCAAGUGUUGAUUUGUCAAGAAGCUCAAGUUCAAAGGCAGAGGAAAACAAAAGUGUACAUUUAAGUCCUGCGGUCGGACCACAAAGUGACUGCACAGCGACACAGCAGGGAGUGUCACAGAAAUUACACAAAGACUGGCAGUUGGAGCUUGAACAAGAACAAACAGAGGCCGACAGCAUGGGGCGUAAAAACUCAGCUAAGAAGAAAACCAGGAAAAACUCUCAGGGAGAUGGCGGGAGCAAGCCUCAGGGAAAAAUGCCUGUCGAUGUCCCACCUGUUCCAGAAGGAUCCCCUUCCCCCGAAAGUUCAGCGACCAGCCCACGGGGUGAAAGUCCACAGAGUCACGUUGAAGAGCAACCUAGUGACUCCUCCUCCAAGCACAGCCUCACCUCACCGGCCUCACCUGGAGGUGGGGAAAACGAGACUUCCUGUCCUGUUGCCGCCAAGAAUGCAGACAAAUUCCUGGGCUCGAAUCCAGUCACUGAAGCGGCUGAUGGCGGUGCAGACAUGGAGAAUGAUGAAAGUUUUUACAAAGUGGAACGGAAGACUGAGACACCGGAGUCCAAACGUAGGAGUAUUAAAGUUUCACGGAGCGAGGUGAAGCUUUUUCCUAAAAAUGUACCUUUGAACACUGAGAAAAGAAUCGUGGAGGUGGCCCUGGAGUCGGCGCCGGUCCACAAGAAAAAUGUAACAAAGGACGAGCCCCGUACAGAGACUGAUAAAGGAGAGCAAGAUAUGAAGAAACCUGAGAAGCCAGCCGUCGGCCGGAUUGCAGAUAAGAUCAGCCUAUUUGAGCGCCAGACAACGACGACGGACCUCAAAAGGACCUUUAAAGUCCCGAGGAGCGCCGAUGUCUCUCCUGCUAGGAAACCGACAGGGAUACUCAAAGCUGAUUUUCUGCCACCGGCGCAGAGGUCAAAAUCAGCAGAGCGGUACGGCCCCGCGCCACCCCAGCAGGACAGUAUAAUGACGGUUAAGGAGAGAGCAAGGAACUUUACAGAGGAAUCUACAAGAAAUUUGAAAUCAAUCCUGCCUCAAAAGUCAGCCAAGACGGGAAUUACUAAAAAAUCCAUCACAUCCACGGCAUCUGCUGUAUCAAAGUCAUCAGAACCCGACAGUCAGGGUAAACUGGAUACUGAAGCAAUGACAAAAGUAACACUAAAACCAGAUGGACAGGAUACCACUGCUGGUGGGGUAAAACGUUCCACACCUAUAGAACAAUAUGGCACACAGACCUCAAAGGCAGCAGACCAGGGUGCAAAACCUAACAGUGUUACAACAAAAACCACAAGUGACACAGCAGAACUCACCAAUAACACAAGCACACGUUCCAAAGUCCCUACCAGAUCCGGGUCUCGUUCUAAACGAAGAAAAAGUAAGGAGCCGACUAGUCCAGUUAGUGAAAAUGGGGAAAACAAAGCAGACUCUAGUAAGCCAGAGAUUACUGCUGGAAAACAAGUUGAUGAUGCGGUCUUUCUCCCACCUGAUGACGUAGAAGGGACUAUUUCCAUGAAAAAUAAAUUGGUAAAGGAACCUGACAUUUGUGAUAAACAGCUGGAUUCUCCUUUUGAAAAAGAGACCGAUAAGCUAGUCAACAGAGUGGAGGAAGUACCUGAAUCAUCAGUCAACAAAGAUGAACCCGAUACUGCUGCUCCUAUUGGGAAAACAAAGAAACCUAUUGAUGAGGUUUCUAGUUUGUCCCAAACGGAGGACAAAGCUGGGGAGGAAUCUCGUCAACCCAAACAGGAAGUCAAAACUGCAGCAGAGGACAAAGCGUCUCUCAAACAGUCAGUAGAACAUCUUAUUGAGAAGACUGUCCCGGUCGUUAAGGAACCACCUGCUGAAAGCCCAAAACUAAUUGAAGAACUACCAAAGCAACCUGGAUCAAGAAGCAGACUAAAAGCAAGGCUGCACCAAAACAUGGACACAAAGCCGCCAACAAGUCAGAGUAAAACUAAUGAUGUUGCUAAAUCAGAAUGUCAGGAUAAACACCAGAUUGAGAAAAACGACAAAGAAACACCAGAAAAACUCAUCAGUCCAGACAAAAACAUGACACAGAACACGGUUUUGGAGCAUACGCAAAACAUUUUGAGGACAGAGGAACGUGUUGCUAUGGAGAAUCAGACAACUCUGCCUGCAAGAGAUGAUAACAAAGCAGAACCUGAAGGAUCCUUAACGUUCCCUACUACAAAUCUAGAGAAGGCUGAAGUGUAUUCAGUAGUCAUUCAGACUAAAGAUAGUGAUCAAGGGUCUUCCCAUAAAGAGACAGCUGUAGAUGUAUCUGAGAAGGUAAAGUCACUAGAAAGAGUAAGGACAGAACCAGAUCCAGUAAUUAUAGCAACACGAGAACAGCAGCCUAAUUUUGCAUCUGCGGAACAAUUAGAGGGCGCAGUCGGUGACUCACAUCAACAUGAAGCCAAUUUGGGUGGUGACUUUAGUGCAAAGCCUGAGCAAGUAACAGUCUCUCAUGACCCCCCUGUGCUGAUAAGUGCGCACACUGACAAUAUGGGAACUGGUAAAGAGCUGACUUGUAUUUCUGUUAAAGGGAAAAGCCAUGGCAGUGAGACACAAAGCUCAGCAGUAAACUCCUCUACAGAUCAAAUAUCACUAACAAAACCACAGUUUGAGGAAGUAAGUACUACAGUAGCCCAGAACUCCUCUGACGGUGUUCUUCCUAGUACCGCAGUUGUGGUAGACAAACCAGAUAAAAAGAUUGACCUGACCCCUCUCGUUAACGGGGAUCUAUCCUCACAACUUGACACAGUCAAAGACGACCCAGACAAUAACAAAGCCCCCUCAUCCCCAAAGGCUAAAAAACUCACCACAGAGCCGAUCCAGCAUUCGUCACCCAAGAAGCUGCAUUCACCACGAGGACUAAGCAGAGAUGAUUCUUCAUUUCAUCAUCAGGACGCACCCUCCAGUUGGCUCGAUGUGGACUUCCCAAAGCAAAGACUUAAACUCCCAGGGCCCAAAUUGAGCGCCUCUGUGAGCGAAAGCAAUCUUCUGGACACAUCCGAUGAGCUAGAUGAUGAAAAUUUCAUUGAGAAGAUCCAGAAACUUUGCGCUCCGUUUUCCCUCCCACCACGGAAACACAACCAACUCCGGCCACCUCAGCCCCCUUUUGCGAUGCCGGCCAUCAAGGAAGACCACUUUGAGAAGACCUUUGACCCUGAGGAGUUUAAAUUUGGCCUUAGGAGGACAAAUCGCUCCUUUGACAGAAGUCCGAGCCUUUUAGCUAAACUUCAGAACCCGGAGUCCAAAACUGUCACAAAGCCUGCUCGGGCGAGUAUAGUAGAUAGAUGUUUGUUGAUUAGUAGUCUGGAUACUUCUCAUCUAAAAGAUAUGACAUCUAUCAAAGACGAAGAGGAGGACACCAAGGAAGGCGAGAAAGACGAUCACAUGAUCAGGAAGUCUCGCUUAGAGGGAAGCUGUGUCCUUAACAGUCUCACCGCCCCUAGCCCCAGGGGGAGGAGAAAUGGGGGGGUUCAGGCGCUGUCAGAGGGCACCAACUCUGGUGAUGUAUCACCCCAGCUUAGCCCUUUGUCCGAGUCAGCCUCACCCACUGGAGACAAUUUCACCAAAGUUAAGGAAGACCAAAUUCAGCCUACAGGGGCUGUGGUUGGUGACUCAGGUCCUCCAUUUUGCUCCUUUAACGACAUCAAGCUGCCUGACUAUUUGGAGAAGUACCUCCCUCUGGAGCCUCCUAAAACAGGGAAAAGUAUGCAGGAACAAAUGAAAACAGAGGUUACAGCCCCAGUCCUUGAACCGGAUCUGGUUGUAAAACCCGGUUCGAACCUACUUCAUUCUAAUACCGUGCCUGCAUCUUUUCCUGGGAAUCCGCCAAGCAUUUACCCCGCACAGUCAGAGCUUCGGCAGCCUCUUCCCCAGAGGACUCUUGGUAAUAAUGUGAGGACUGCCAGGGGGUUUCAUAAGCGACCUGGAAAGAUCGUACUGUUCCAGCAAGCUCAGUUCAGCGGCCAAGCCUACGAGAUCUACAGGGACAUAGCAGAUGCCACUCACCUGCAGCUCUCGAACAUCAUAUCUGUGAAGGUCAUUAGAGGAUGCUGGAUUCUCUACGAGAAGCCGGACUUUCAGGGCCGCUGUAUCGCUUUGGAGGAGGGGGGCCUGGAAUUGACAAACGAGUGGGCAGAACCGGGGCCAAACAACACCUCGCCAAUGCUAAUCGGCUCCAUUCGACUUGCUGUCUGUGAUUACAGCACCCCCCAUAUUGAUCUGUUCACGGAACCGGAGGGUCGCGGUAGAGUGACACCUUACCAUGACGACACCAUAGAGACGGGCUCCUUCGGAAUCCCGCUGAGCACCGCUUCCAUCCAAGUGCACUCCGGGUUGUGGCUGGUGUUCAGUGAUCCAGGUUUCCAAGGAAUGCUCGCUGUUCUGGAAACAGGAGUGUACCCGUUUCCAGAGACCUGGGGCUUCCCGUCGCCGUUCGUUGGCUCUCUUAAACCCCUGAAAAUGGGUGGUUUUAAAGUGGAGAAUCCGAAUGAAGUUAAGGCUGUGGUGUACGAGAAACCCGGAUUUGAAGGUUCCUGUUUGGAAAUCGACUGCGAUGUCUUCCACUUCGGAAAUGACGAAGAAAUCGAAGCGAACACUCACACUCCCCAACUAAAGUCUGUGGGUUCUUUGAAGAUAAUGGGCGGAUUCUGGGUAGGCUACAACGAAGCAGGGUUUGAAGGGCAGCAGUACAUGCUGGAGGAAGGAGAGUACCUGGACUGUAGCGACUGGGGAGGCUCGGGGCAGAUACUGUCAAUGAGGCCCAUCCUGGCUGAUUUCAUCUCGCCGCAUCUCAAAAUGUUCAGCAACAAAGACUUCAGUGACCGAGGGGUCAACAUCGAUCUGAUCGUGCCCGUCAUCAACAUGGACCACACCGGUUACGGCAGCAAGACGCAGUCUAUCGAUGUCAUCAGCGGCAUAUGGGUUGUGUUUGAAGAGCCUGGCUUUUGUGGCGAGUCCUACAUCCUUGAAAAAGGCCUCUACGGAUGCCCAGAAGACUGGGGAGCGCGACAGGACCGACUUGCUUCUGCCAUGCCUGUUGUGCUGGAUGACUUUGAGAACAUGGCCAAAUUCAAGGUGCAACUUUUCUCAGAGCCAGCUUUUCAAGGCAGCGUCCUUUCUUUGGAGGACAGCAUGGCCACCGUGCAGCAAGGCUUCACGGUGGCCUCCUGCAAGGUCCUGGUCGGCAGUUGGCUGGCGUUUGACGGCCGGGACUUCACUGGCAGGAUGUAUCUGUUAGAGGAAGGGAACUACCCCGACCUGAGGGCGAUGGGUUGCCUCAACGCGAGCACCGCCAUCCAAUCAUUACAGACAGUUGGCUUUGAAUUCUCGCAGCCCUCCAUCAUUCUUUUUGAGCGCUGCGGUCUGCGUGGAAAGCGGGUGGUACUGACAGACGGCUGUGUCAAUCUUCACCUGGCUGAAGGCUGCGCUCGGGUCCAGUCGGUGCUGGUGGAAGGGGGAAUGUGGGUGUUAUACGAGGGGAUCAACUACCGGGGGGCUCAGAUUUUGGUCAAACCUGGUGAGGUGCCUGACUGGCAUCACUUCAGCAAGUGGAAUAAAAUUGGAUCCCUCCGUCCCCUAUUGCAGAGGCAAGUGCACUUCCGUUUAAGGAACAGACAGACGCGGCUUAUGAUGACGGUGACCGGCGAUCUGGAGGAGGUCAAACUGCUGCGGAUUCAGGAGGCCGAGGAGACUGAUGGUUUUGAGCAGGUCUGGGUCUACCGCGGCGGCCAUCUUCAUUGCAAGAUGCUGGAGGAGUGCUGUCUAAGCCCCAGUGGUAGCGUGACCAUCGCGGGAUGCCGCUUGGGUCUCACGCCCGAGCAGGACAACCAUGUGUGGAGCAUCACACCCGAGGGCUUCAUUCGCUACAUGCCGAACUCCAAUUUGGUCUUGGAGGUGAAAGGGGGGCAUCAUUACGACAAAAACCAAGUGAUUCUCAACACCCUCGAUCCAACUAAACUACACCAGAUGUGGGAUGUGGAGAUUAUAUAAAAAAAAGGCUAGCAUGAGUCUCACAUGUGCAGCUGCUAGGACACACGAAAGUUCAAGGACAACAUGCACCUUUUCCGCAACUGUUUUUUUUUUUUUACCUUUCUGUGGAGUCACUGAAAGAAUUCCGACGAAUGUAUUACAAGUUUUAAAAAACAACAUACAAGCAGUGAGGCUUGAACUUGAAUUAAAAAAAGAACCUUCUUCAUGCUUCCAGUAAUAGAGCUCAAGGUUUUAUAUGUUUGUCUUCUCAUUGUAAUUAACUUAAACAGUGUUAACACCUCAAAUAUUUUUAUUCAAAUGUAAUUUUGCUUUGUAUCCAGCAAUAAAACAAAUCUACAUCCCUUA